UCCAUCAGAGUUCCCAGCUGGAGACCAAGGAUGGAGAGGUCCCUGCGUUCUCGUUGUCACCACUAUCUGGCUGUGCUGCUCAUCCUCCCCUCCCUGAGUCUAGCUCAGUAUGAGAAUUGGCCUUACUACUCUGAGUACUUUCAGCAGCCCCAACCCGAGUACCAUCAGCCCGAGCGUCCGGCAGAUGUCCCAAAGAUCCAGUUGCGCUUGGCUGGACAGAAGAGGAAACACAAUGAAGGCCGAGUGGAGUUGUACUACAAUGGGUUGUGGGGGACGGUGUGUGAUGAUGACUUCUCCAUCCAUGCUGCCCACGUGGUCUGUCGUGAGCUGGGUUAUGUGGAAGCCAUAUCUUGGGCACCCAGCUCCUCCUAUGGCAAAGGAGAAGGCCCAAUUUGGAUGGACAACAUUCAUUGCACUGGUAAAGAGGCUACUCUGGCUGCUUGUUCCUCCAAUGGGUGGGGAGUCACUGACUGCAAACACACAGAAGAUGUGGGUGUGGUGUGUAGUGAUAAAAGGAUCCCUGGCUUCAAGUUUGACAACUCGCUCAUCAAUCAGAUUGAUAACAUGAAUAUCCAGGUGGACGACAUCCGCAUUCGCCCCGUCCUCUCUGCUUACCGGAAGCGCACUCCAGUGACGGAGGGCUACGUGGAAGUCAAAGAUGGCAACAGCUGGAAGCAGGUCUGCGACACCAACUGGACCACCAAGAACUCCCGGGUCAUCUGCGGCAUGUUUGGCUUCCCCACUGAGAAAAAGUACAACACCAAGGUGUACAAGAUAUACGCCAGCCGGCGGAAACAGAGGUACUGGCCAUACUCGAUGGAUUGUACGGGCAGUGAGGCCCACAUCUCUGGUUGCAAAUUGGGCAAUCAGGCUGCCCUGGACCCCGUGAAGAAUUUCUCCUGUGAGAAUGGCAUGCCCGCCGUGGUGAGCUGUGUGCCGGGCCGGGACUUUGCACCAGGCAGCCAUACGGGCUUUGGAAAAGCCUUCAAGUCAGAGCAACCUCUGGUGCGACUGAGAGGUGGCGCCAACACCGGAGAGGGCCGAGUGGAGGUGCUCAAGAACGGGGAGUGGGGAACCAUCUGCGAUGAUCAGUGGAAUCUGGUGUCUGCCAGCGUGGUCUGCCGGGAGCUGGGCUUUGGGAGCGCCAAGGAGGCCAUCACAGGCGCCCGGCUCGGGCAAGGGAUCGGGUCCAUCCACCUCAAUGAAAUACAGUGCACAGGGUUCGAGAAAUCCAUCAUCGACUGCAAAUUCAACGUGGAGAACCUGGGCUGCAACCAUGAAGAAGAUGCAGGGGUGAGGUGCAACAUCCCAGCCAUGGGAUUCCAGAACCAGCUGCGCCUGAGCGGGGGCCGCAACCCCUACGAGGGACGUGUAGAGGUGCUGGUGGAGCGUAACAGGACGCUGAAAUGGGGGACUGUGUGUGGGGAGAACUGGGGCGUCGUGGAGGCCAUGGUGGUCUGCCGACAGCUGGGCCUCGGGUUUGCCAGUAACGCCUUCCAGGAAACCUGGUACUGGCAAGGGGACAUCAACGCCAACACCGUAGUCAUGAGCGGGGUCAAGUGCUCUGGGACAGAGAUGGCGCUGUCACACUGCCGCCACCACGGAGAGAAUGUGGCUUGUCCCCCAGGCGAGCAUCAUGCUGCCGGCGUCGUCUGCUCAGAAACUGCCCCUGAUCUGGUCCUCAAUGCGGAGAUGGUCCAGCAGACGACAUACCUGGAAGACCGGCCCAUGUUUAUGCUGCAGUGCGCCAUGGAAGAGAACUGCCUGGCAUCCUCUGCUGCCCAGACCUCACCCACCACAGGCUACCGCCGGCUGCUGCGAUUCUCCUCCCAGAUCCACAACAACGGCCAGUCGGACUUCCGGCCCAAGAAUGGCCGCCACGCAUGGAUCUGGCACGACUGUCACAGGCACUACCACAGCAUGGAAGUCUUUACGCACUAUGACCUGCUGAAUCUCAAUGGGACCAAGGUAGCCGAAGGUCACAAAGCCAGCUUCUGCCUGGAAGACACCGAGUGUGAAGGAGAAAUCCAGAAGAAUUAUGAGUGCGCCAACUUCGGCGAGCAGGGCAUCACUCUCGGCUGCUGGGACAUCUACCGCCACGACAUUGACUGCCAGUGGGUUGACAUCACUGAUGUGCCCCCCGGGGACUAUCUGUUCCAGAUCAUCAUUAACCCCAACUACGAAGUGGCUGAGUCAGACUACAGCAACAACAUCAUGAAGUGCCGGACCCGCUAUGACGGGCACCGCAUCUGGAUGUACAACUGUCACAUAGGUGGCUCAUACAGUGAAGAAACAGAGAAUAAAUUUAAUCACUUCAGAGGACUCUCAAAUAACCUGCUCCCCACUCAGUGAAGAGUCAGCCUUGGACCCCCUGGACCCCGUGCCCUAGGGCCUCACUGCACUGGUCUCCCUGGGACCUUCCCUAACCACUGCACAGCACAGCUCAGAUGGAUCCCCCAUACUCCCUCUUUUUUUUUUUUUUUUUUGGUGAGGCAGUUGGGGUUAAGUGACUUGCCUAGGGUCACACAGCUAGUAAGUGUCAAGGGUUUGAGGUCGGAUAUGAACUCAGGUCCUCCUGAGUUCAGGGCCGGUGCUCUAUCCACUGUGCCACUUAGCUGCCCCACAUACUCCCUCUUUUGACUCCCCGACAAUUGCCUUGGGUUCCUGCGGUGGGGCCCAGGACCUGCCUUGGCCUGGUGUAGUAGGCUCAAGACCAGGAAGGGACCUUAGAGACCUAGCCCAGACCCCUCAUUUUCUAAAUGGAACAACUAGCCCAGAGAGGGGAAGGCACUCACCCAAGGUCACACAGCCUGUGUUCUGAUUCAGUUCUUUCCACUAAACUAUGUUUUCUCCUGCCCAAAACAUAUCUGAUAUUUGAACCCUUUUCUUCUCUACCUCCCCUGGUACAUGAGAGUUAGGGGGACACAACAGGGCAACUGCCACAGAGACACGCAGCACUCGGGGUUCAGGGGAGGGCAGGGCAGCACCCACCACGAUGCAGAGGAAAAUGGUCAUCCUUACCCUAGUGAGCUGAUCCUGCCUUACAGCCCCAGGUGUGCAGCUGCCCCCUCAGGAUAGAAACCCAGCUAGCCAAAGCAGGCAGGGGCACUAUCUAAGGAGCCCAAGGCCUCAGUUUCCUUGAGACUUUGUGACUCCAGAUGCUCCCCGGCCUUCCCUUCAUAUCUCUUGUCAGACAGAGAUUAGUGACCUCUUGGUAUAGACCUCCAGCUCCCCAGGGCCACGAUUUGAAGCUAGUGCCCUCCCCUUCCCCAGCCAGCUACCCUUUGGUGGAAAUCCAUCAAGAGAGUAGGCAGCCUGCUUCCCCUAAGCUCUUUCCAAAGCAUCUUCUUAAUCUCCCAGUCUCUAUGCUGCUACAUCCCCAGAUAUCCCAUGCUAGAGGUUUAGCCAAAGCAAUGCAUGCCUGUGUCUUCAGCUCCAAAAUCAAGUCUGUGUGGGCCUCCAUUUGCAAAUCACCGUCCACGACUGGGAAAUUCUCUUCCCAUUGCAAUCCAUGCAGCCCAGAGCUAUGUAUAUAUUUCAGGAAACCCCUGGUGGGGCAGUCACUGAAAAAAGCUUCCCUUUAUUGCCUUCAAGUCAGAGGCAGCCUGCAGGGUUAUAGUGGUGCUCACGCUCCCCCUCAUCCUCCAGUCUGGUUGAUUUCACCCAGGCUAGUCCUCCAGAGUCUGGUUGAUUUCAUCCAGAAUGGAUCCAGUGACUUCUCACUCCACUCAGCCUUCCAUCUUUCCCACCACUCGCUGGUGCUACCUGUAUAUGUUUCAUAUCAGGGGACUGGGAGAGCAUGUGCUUUUUUUUUUUUUUCUAUUUUAAGGAUACCAGUUUUACAUUGUAUUUGCAUGUUAUGUCCCAAACCAAAUGUAAUGAUAUUUAAUGUGGGCAUCUGGGCCCUUGGAAGCACAGCCAUACAGAAGAAACUGAAGCCAAACCCACCUGUGUAAGCGCCAUUGCUGCCCUCACCACAUCACUACCACCACCAUCGUCAUCCUGCUGGGCCAACCUGAAUGAUUGGUGCUAUAAACAAGUUCCUGGGUGGGAGGACACUCACCAGGUGCUGCAGGUCAUCACAGAUGUUUACAUAUACUUGAAUCACAGGUGUUUGU